GACAGGGAACAGCGCUGCAGUUUGCAGGAAGCGGCUCGAAUUACACUGGGGGUGCUUGGGGGGUGGGAUGACACCCACUGGAGUGAAGGAGGAGGAGGGAAGUGUGUGGAGACGUAAGGAGGAGAAAAAACCUAGUAAACCUGACAAAGCGUCUGAGAAGCGGAGCGAGGAACUGUCGGCGGAACAGGAGACGCAGACGCGAAAGACGCUCUCUCCAGCGGGGGGACGCACACUGAUGGAUUUUAUGUCAUCUUGCAUCGGACAAACUAUUUUCACCCUCGCACCACCUCCUCUGUAGCUGCAAACUUUCUGUUUUUAACUUGACAAGUGCGCUGCUGGAACACUGGGGCAUGUUUUGCGCACUGAAGGAAACUUGGUGACGGGGAGGAAAGUUAGUGAGGGGGGGACAGCAGCAGUUAUGGUUUUCCGAGCUGUUUUCGAAGGAUAAGUGGGAUUUCUUUGCAUGGCACUGGACUACACUGCUCCUCCGGUGUGGAUUAUACCUCUGAUCUGACUCGAUGCCGGCUGACUGUGGAAUAGAAAGCUGAAAGUAAGGCAGCGCCUCGCAGAUUUUUUUUGGUGCAUUGUGGAGUUGGAGACAUUCCUCCUUCAGGAUUCGGCUCAUGCUCUCGCCUCCCUUAACUGUGCAUGCCAAAACAGAGAUCUCCACGAUUUUAGUCCUCCCUGCCCAGGUGAUUGGGUGAAUUCCAGUGAGUGACAGGCCGAGCCCGGCUGCAGUUGAUGGUUGGGCGGACCCCCUCAGAUGGGAUCAGUGUCCAGGGGGAGGUGGAGAAGGGUGGUAUGGGGAGCGCUAGCCCCCACUAACGGGAUGGCCUCGUGGGCCUGGCUGCUGGCCGCUGUCCUGCUGUCCCUGCUGACGGUCAGCGUGGCCCGGCCGCCCCUCACAGCCACCAAGGAGGAGGAGGCCACUCUGGAACCUGAAGAAGCAUCGAACAAAUACCAAAUUUCUAAGCCCACGGUGUGCUCAGUGCACCCAGGGGAGUUGCUGAAGCUGAGCUGCCCUCUGCCAUCAACGGGGACCAUCACCUGGACCAAAGACGGCAGCUCGCUGGGCACCAACAACCGCACGCUGAUAGAGCAGGAGGUGCUGCAGAUCCGUGAUGCCACGCCCAAGGAUUCGGGCCUGUACGCCUGCACCAGCGUUGGCAAAGACACGGUUUGCUUCAUAGUGAAUGUCACAGAUGCCAUUUCGUCAGGAGAUGAUGAGGACGACACAGAGCGAUCGGAGGACACCGGAGCGGACGGAGAGCAGAUAAGCGCUCCUUAUUGGACCUCAUCAGCGAAGAUGGAGAAGAAGUUGCAUGCAGUGCCAGCUGCCAACACAGUGAAGUUCCGCUGUGCUGCAGGAGGCAACCCCCGGCCCAAGCUGCGCUGGCUUAAAAACAGCAGGCCUUUCCGCCAAGAAGACCGCAUGGGAGGGUAUAAGGUGCGCAGCCAGCACUGGACCCUGAUCAUGGAGAGCGUGGUGCCGUCGGACAAGGGCAACUAUACCUGUCUGGUGGAGAACGAGUUCGGAGCCAUCAACCACACCUACACCUUGGAUGUAGUGGAACGCUCCCCUCACCGGCCCAUUCUCCAGGCUGGUCUCCCGGCCAACACCACUGUGCAUGUGGGAGAGGAUGCCCGCUUUGUCUGCAAGGUCUACAGCGACGCCCAGCCUCACAUCCAGUGGCUGAAACACAUCACUCAGAACGGCAGUCGCUAUGGCCCAGAUGGACACCCCUAUGUCCGUGUGCUAAAGCGUUCAGGUAUUAACAGCUCGGACGUGGAGGUGCUCACCCUCACCAACGUGACCGAGGACGAUGCCGGAGAGUAUAUCUGUAAAGUCUCCAAUUAUAUAGGCGAGGCCAACCAGUCGGGCUGGCUGACUGUCAUCCCAGGUAACCCCCUGAGACUCGACUCCAUCUACCCUCCUUCCCGGUGUGGUUUCCUGGGCCUCGUCCCUGACCUGCUGUGCUGUGGUGGUGAUCCCGCUGGUGGUCUCUUGGUGGUCCUGGGCCUCACUGACCCUCUGUUCCCCCUUAAUGUUGGACCUUUUGUGUUUCAGCUGCUCCCUCCACUGUAGAGACUGUGUGCAGCCAUGGAAGCACUGCUCGGACCUGCAUACCUACACCUUGUCACAGCUAGCGUCUCACCUCUUCCUUCUUUCUUCUCUUUCAAUUGUAUCCAUCUCCACCUGUGUAGCAAGCUGUGUCAAGAUGCUGUAUGGUGUUGCAGUGCAGUGCUCUCCAUGCUCUCUAUGUUUGUUUGUGCAUGUGACCAGACCAGUGUGGACUGGUCUCUUUUAGCAGGUUCUGUUGGUGAUGGGAACCUUUUGGGUUUUUAUUUUUGGUGCAUUGACUAAAUUUUCCUGUGUUUUGGUGGCAUACUGGGCUCUAUCUAUGUCUUUACUUAUGAAGCCUCCCCCUAGCCACCCAUGGAAACUCCCAUAAUCCUUUGCUCUAGAUGGGAAUUCCACAACGGACGUCAUCCAGUUCCUCUUAUUUCUCUCCUGGUGUUGUGGGUCUCAUUUUGUUUCUCUUUCUCUGUCCUCCCUCAUCCUUCUCUGUGACUCGUCCUCCCUGUCUCUCUUUUCCGUUCCUUAUCUUUGACCCUCUCUUCCUC